CGUCCCGCCGGCCCGCGCUUGCAUCGGACGCGGAGCGGCGCGGCGCGGACGGCGGCCGGAGAUGUCCGAGCCCAAGGCCUCCGACCCCAAGUUGUCGACGACCGACAGGGUGGUGAAAGCUGUCCCGUUCCCUCCCAGCCACCGGCUCACGGCGAAGGAAGUGUUCGAUGGCGACGGGAAGCCACGCGUGGACGUGCUGAAGGCGCACCUCAUGAAGGAGGGCCGGCUGGAGGAGAGCGUGGCGCUGAGGAUUGUCACCGAGGGGGCCUCCAUCCUGCGGCAGGAGAAGAACUUGCUAGACAUCGACGCUCCGGUCACAGUCUGCGGAGACAUCCAUGGGCAAUUCUUCGACCUGAUGAAGCUCUUUGAAGUGGGGGGGUCCCCUGCCAACACGCGCUACCUCUUCCUGGGGGACUACGUCGACAGAGGGUACUUCAGCAUCGAAUGUGUGCUGUAUCUGUGGGCCUUGAAAAUCCUUUACCCCAAAACACUGUUCUUACUUCGCGGGAAUCACGAGUGCAGACAUCUAACGGAGUAUUUCACAUUUAAACAAGAAUGUAAGAUCAAGUACUCGGAGCGCGUGUACGACGCCUGCAUGGACGCCUUCGACUGUCUGCCCCUGGCCGCCCUGAUGAACCAGCAGUUCCUGUGCGUGCACGGCGGCCUGUCCCCCGAGAUCAACACCCUGGACGACAUCCGGAAAUUAGACCGGUUCAAGGAGCCGCCCGCCUACGGGCCCAUGUGCGACAUCCUGUGGUCCGACCCCCUGGAGGACUUCGGCAACGAGAAGACUCAGGAGCACUUCACGCACAACACGGUCCGGGGCUGUUCCUACUUCUACAGUUACCCGGCCGUGUGUGAGUUCCUACAGCACAAUAACCUGUUGUCUAUACUCCGAGCCCACGAAGCGCAGGACGCGGGGUACCGCAUGUACAGGAAGAGCCAGACCACGGGCUUCCCGUCGCUCAUCACCAUUUUCUCAGCGCCGAACUACUUAGACGUGUACAAUAACAAAGCCGCGGUGCUGAAGUACGAGAACAACGUCAUGAACAUCAGGCAGUUCAACUGCUCCCCUCACCCGUACUGGCUCCCCAACUUCAUGGACGUCUUCACCUGGUCGCUGCCGUUUGUCGGGGAGAAAGUGACCGAGAUGCUGGUCAACGUCCUCAACAUCUGCUCGGACGACGAGCUGGGCUCGGAGGAGGAUGGGUUUGACGGCGCGACGGCGGCAGCCAGGAAGGAGGUGAUCCGGAACAAGAUCCGGGCCAUCGGCAAGAUGGCCAGGGUGUUCUCCGUGCUCAGAGAGGAGAGCGAGAGUGUGCUGACGCUGAAAGGCCUGACGCCCACGGGCAUGCUCCCCAGCGGGGUGCUCUCCGGAGGGAAGCAGACGCUGCAGAGCGCUAUCAAGGGCUUCUCGCCGCAGCACAAGAUCACCAGCUUCGAGGAGGCCAAGGGCCUGGACCGCAUCAACGAGCGCAUGCCGCCCCGCCGGGACGCGCCGCCCUCCGACGCCAGCCUCAACUCCAUCAACAAGGCGCUGGCCGCCGAGGCCAACGGCACCGACAGCAACGGCAGCAACAUCCAGUGACGGCCCCGGGGCCGCGGCGGCGGGUCUGCUCUGGGGCCAGGCCUGGACUCAGUUUACACUAUCGCUCGGAAAGAGGGAGAUGAGAAACUAUAUUUUGGUGGGGGUGGUGACUAAGCACCUCUUUUGGGUAUGCCUUUUAAAAUGCUUCUAGGAAAAAAAUUUUUAAAGAAAGCUAACGCUAGCACCUGCUGCACCGUUGGGGGUGGCCGCGCAGCCUGCCGCGCGGGGGGGCUGGUGGACGGCCUUUUAUUAUGUUACUGGACACGAAAACUUUGUCUAAUUUCUUACUCUAUUGUACGUUUACAGUCGCAGCACUCAAAAUGGAUGACAUCAACAUUUUUAACAAUGAUGUACAAACUAAAUAAGGACUAUUUAUUGAUAAUGUUUUGCUACUCUUGUCAGACAAUGGCUAUAAACUGAAUUAGGCAGUCUCAAAAAAACAAAAAACAGAAAAAGAAAAAAAAGAAGGUCGCAAAUUUGUUAAAAAUGCCAAAAAAGGACAGUUUCAUUUUGUACAGAUUCUGCUUACCUCAGGUUUCUCGUGUGCUUGGCGCCCUUCCCCCCCCCCCCGCCCCGACACUUCUCUGGUUCAUUUGGCGAUGACGCUCUUUUUCUUUUCUUUGAGUUUAAAAAAAAAAAGGAAAACUGGAAUAAUGACCUUUCUCUUUCGUUUGCUGUUUCUAUUUAGGGGUUUCUGUUCAAUCAAGUCUUGGUUGUGGCUUGCUGAAUUAAAUAUUUAUGAGUGGUGCAUUUUUAAGUAUAGUGAACAAGACACCAUAUUAAGUACAGUGAUAAAGCAUCUAUAUUCUGUAAAAAACAAAAAAACAAAAAAAUCUGCCUAUGCAUGUUUUUUAAGAAACCAAACGGCUGUCUCGGCCUGUAUGGGACCGUAAUGCGCUUAGUGGUCUGACCUGUACCGGAAAUGUAUGUUCCUGACGUACUUUAUAUUCUCUACAAUGCUUCAUGCCUUUCAAAUUUUGUAAUCAAAAGAGCUUUGACAACAAUCUAAAGGGGAGAGUAUUCUUAACAGUUUUUAACAUGCGCUUGUCAGUGCACGGCGAGGCGGUCAGCAUGUUUAGCAAGCCUCGCCCAACUCAGUUUGUAGUUCCGUGUGAGACUAACUGCAUGGUAACCGUUGGCGUCCUCACGGUUUCCCCCGUCCUGUUCCGUCACGUGCCACCGAAUCUGUGCUUUUUUCACCUUCCGCCCUUUGUAUCUCGGUUACGGGUGACCCCUGGGCCCUCCCGACGACGGCGGCAGCAACAGCCCCUUCCUAUUUUUUAACGAGUGUGUAAGUGCCCGAGCCGUCCGCCGCGGCCUCCGCCUUGCCUUUGUGACUUGACCUCUGAGAUGUUGGCAAUCCAAGCAUGCACCUGUACCAUGACACAGAAGCCGCAUUUUCUAGUACUACUCAAUAAACGUGCAUGAACCUGAUGCGCUCGCCCCGUCACUCAGUCUGCGGAGGCGACGGCCGGCCCCGGCGUCGGGGUCCGUCCCCCCGGCCGCCCCGCUC